UGAAGUGCAUAGCUAUCAUCACGUUUUAAAAAGUGAUAACACAUAAAAAACAACACAGUACAAAUAUACUCAGGACAAGAGUCUCAAGAUGCAAAGGGUGCUAAUACGUAGUAUCUUUAAAUUGAGUAAUCAACAUGCCACAAAGCCCUACUUACUGCAACAACAUCAGCAGGAGGCAAGAAUAAACUCAAUAUCUUGCUAUUACUGUGUCUAUUCAUCUAAACGAGGUCAACAAGAAAAUGAUGGUUGGGGUAAGUCUAAAAGACAUUUCAUAUCAUUGUUGACCUUGGGAAUAGGGUUGGGUGGAAUUGGAACUGCCUAUAUUCUAGCCAAAGAGGUGUCAGCUCUUGAAAAGACUGCCACUAACAAUGACACCCAUGAAAAUUGGCACAAAGAACGUCGAACAGACUUGCCAACUUAUAAACAAGAGCAAAUUACAAAACAUGACACUCUUGAGAAGAGAGUCUGGGUAACUUAUGGAGUUGGGGUUUAUGAUAUUACUGAAUUCAUUCCAAAACAUCCGGGAAGUGACAAAAUCAUGCUUGGCGCUGGAAGUGCCAUAGAUCCAUUUUGGCAUAUUUACCAACAGCAUAAUAAUAAAGAGAUUCUCACACUUUUAGAGUCUUAUCGGAUUGGGAAUCUCGAUAAGGCUGAUGAAGUUAGUACUGAGGACAUGGGAUCGCCAUGGGGGAAUGAACCUAAAAGGCAUCCACUGCUUAAGCCUGCAUCAGAGAGGCCAUUUAAUGCGGAGCCACCUCUGAGUCUGCUGGCAGAGAAUUUCCUUACUCCAAAUGAGUUCUUUUAUGUGAGGAAUCAUCUGCCUGUUCCUGUAAUUGAUGCUGAAGGCUAUGAACUUGAUAUUGAAAUUGAAGAGUCUGAUACAACAAGGUCAUUUACUCUGGAAGAGAUUAAGAAGCUUCCUAAAGUCACUGUUACAGCGGCAGUUAUGUGUGGAGGGAAUCGGCGUUCUGAGAUGACUGAAGUGAAGCCAGUCAAAGGUCUUUCGUGGAGUGGGGGAGCUGUGGGUAAUGCUAAAUGGUCAGGAGCGAAGCUGAGAGAUAUCCUCUUGGCUAUGGGAGUUGAGUCAGAUGAAAAGCGUCAUGUGAUUUUUGAAGGUUGUGAUUUGGAUCCCACUUCGCAUCCUUAUGGUGCUUCGAUACCCCUUUCCAAAGCCAUGGACGAACGGGGUGAUGUCAUACUUGCUUAUGAGAUGAAUGGAGAGACUAUAAAUCGUGAUCAUGGUUUCCCUCUGAGAGCGAUUGUUCCCGGUACAGUUGGAGCGAGGAAUGUAAAAUGGCUAAGUCGAAUUAUAAUCUCUGAUAGUGAGUCAUCAUCUCACUGGCAACAAAAUGACUAUAAAGGCUUUAGUCCUAGCACCGAUUGGGAUACAGUGGAUUUUACAAAAUCACCUGCCAUUCAAGCAAUGCCAGUUACUUCUGCAAUCUGCAGUCCCUCACAAGGUGAAAAAGUACAAAUUGUAAAUGGAUGUAUAAAUGUGAAAGGUUAUGCAUGGUCAGGAGGUGGACGUAGAAUAGUUCGUGUUGAUUUAACUUCGGAUGGUGGGGAGACUUGGCAUGUAGCUGAAUUGGAGCAGGAAGAUUUACCCGAUGGUCGUCAUUAUGGUUGGUCACUUUGGUCAGCUAAGCUUCCUGUACCAUCUGGUUGUAAGCAAGUUGAAAUUUGGUCGAAAGCAGUUGAUUCAGCUUAUAAUACACAACCGGAAAGUUUUAAGUAUACAUGGAAUUUGCGUGGUGUGUUGAGUAAUGCUUAUCAUAGAGUUAAAGUUGAAAUUGAAUAAAUUUAGAAAUUAAAGAAAGUACAAAUUUGUA